UGUUUUGAGUUGAGACGUAAUUUCCGGGGAGGUGGCCACCGAUGCUGCUGAUUCACAUGUGGAAACAUCGUAUCGUUUUUUAAAUAAGUUAACAUGCCAGAGUCGACUCUGUAAACAUACUUUGUCAACGGAGUUCUUCACCAUUUAUCAUGGUCCCUUCAGACUUUAAAAGCCUAAUCCAGAGGUUUUAUCAUCUUCAGUCUGAGCGUAUAGAGGCCUAUCGCCUUUUUGAAGAGGGACAUGAGGCCUACUUGAGGACGGGGCCCCAGUAUGACUUUGACCACUACAGACAGUUGGUCCAUGAAAUUACACAGGCCUUCAGUGGUAUCUCUAAAGAAGUACUGGAGAUCAAGGGGACACUGCAUCAUAAUUUUGACAGACCAGACCUCUCGGAGCACAUCGAGAAGCUGCAGAACAAAGAGAAGCAGAAACUUGAACUGACGGCCAAGCUGCAGCUGGCCAGGCAGCGGGCCCAGGAUCACCCCGAGGACGAAGACUGUCAAGAAAAGAUCCAAGAGAUCAGGCACGAAAUGAUUAAGAACAAAGAGGCCUUGAGUGAGAUCAUGCAGGACUUUAAGUAUGACUCAGAGGAGAGUGAUUGACAGGUGACUCCCCGGAGUCCCGCAGCCGCCCUCGUCAUAGCACAGUGGGGCUGACAGGUCAACUCUCCUCUGCUGCAACUUCCAUCCUGGACCUCUCGGCUGCAGUUAUAGAAUCACUGCACCCAGCUGCCCUGUGGCUCCACCCUGCUCACUGCUGCAGUCUUCUUCCACCCAAGAGGGCCGUCCACAAUCCUUGUGCGUUUCUGUGUGCGUUUCUGUGUGUUUCUCUCAGGGUUCAUGCAAUUUUUUUUGCAGUGCAUGCCACCGCAAAAAAAAAAACAAAGAAAAAAAUGAAAUUAAAUGCGUGUACUGUAACGACGUGGAUAAAAUUAAAAAACGGUAAACAAAUUGACAAAGAUUUUUUAAAAUAUAUUUUUAAUAAAACACUUAAUUUUGUUAACAUUUCAUAUAGCAUAUUUGUCAUGUAACCUUAGGUGUAACGUUCAUAACUAGACAAAAGUAUAUAUAGUAUCAGAGUGUGUACCCAGGCCCACUGUGUUGACUUUAACUGAAGUAGAAAUGAAGGAAUUUUAGUUUUUAUUUCAACCACUUCUGCUUUAUUACAUGUUCAGGGGUGAGGAGAUCGGGGGUGAGUCUGGGUGAGUGGAGACACCCAGACCCACAGCUUUAACAAUCUGAAGGUAGAGUCCACGAAAAACGUAAUAGAAGAGCAUGAGUGGAGAGGCUGCAGAAGCUGCUGUAGACAUUUAUAAGGAGCUCAAAGACGUAAACGUUCAAGGUAAAAAGAAAUUCUCUUGUCAAUUGUUGUCCCUCAAAUGAUACAGUUAAAAGUCCAGCGUUUAUCUCCAAUGUUGCAUCUCAUACAUUCCAUAAACCUUUCCUGAUGUUGCCAUCUGUCUGCAGUCACACUGAAGGUCAAAUACUGAGUGUCCUGAAUACAGAAUCACUGCGUUGGUGUGGUAUUUGAUGGGACUGGCAGUAAAUAAGAAUUUUACUCGGGUUGAAACCUGUUAUUUGUUUGUUUGGAUGCUAUGAUGGAGUCUGUAAUUUACAUUCCACAGUAGACUGACCAACAGUGUUAGAGAGAGUCUCUAUUCCAAUACUGACUGAUAAUAUUUCCAACAGUGAAUUUUUUUGAAAAUUAUAUAACUGCCAUUUUCGGUUAGUGUAACUGGUACUUUCUUUAAAACAGUCCACAAACUCCAGUUAGCUGGAACUUUGUCCACUUAUAUUUUCAUGCCAUAUAUUUUGAUGUCAUUAUAUCAACUGGAUAAUUUAUCACUGAGGACUUUCAGACUGCACUUCCAUUAUUAACCUUUUUUUUAAGAAACAAAUCUCAUGAUUCUUGGCAUUAUACAUAUCAAUUUAUCAAAUGUAUUUACAAAUGCCCCCCCUGCCUCCUCCCGCCCUCCCUGCUCUCACCCCCCUCUGUGCAGGCAGUGUCGUAGCUUACUGUUACCGCAGUUAAUCACAUUGCUGGUAUUAAAAUACAUUAUACACAUUUUCACAGGCUUGCGUAAUUGUUUCAUUAUAGCUUCUGAACUGACUUAAGUUGACAUAAAUAAAAGGGCUGAACUGAAA